CCGCAGCCUGCAGGCGGAGCUGUCACAGUGAACCGUCAUGUCAUGAACCAGUCAGAGGGCAAGAGUCACUCCUACUUGGGUCGGAUAAGGAAUGUAAAUGUCUGAGGACAGGGAAGCCCAGGAGGAUGAGCUGCUUGCUUUAGCAAGUAUCUAUGAUGAAGAGGAGUUCCACAGGGCGGAGUCGGCUCAGGGGGGAGAGAUUCAAUUCUGUCUGGAGCUCCCUCCUGAUUUCAAAGUAGUCACCAAUGGAGAGAAGAAAACUGAAUAUAAUGUUUGCUUCUUGCCUCCUUUGGUGCUCAACUUUGAGCUUCCUGCAGACUAUCCCUCCACAUCCCCACCGAUCUUCACUCUUAGCUCUAAAUGGAUGACCAGAGCACAAAUGAGCUCUCUGUGCCGACGCCUGGAUGAGCUAUGGGAGGAAAGCCAGGGCUGUGUGGUUCUGUUCACGUGGAUCCAGUUCCUCAAAGAGGAACCUUUAGACUUCCUGGGCAUCCAGUCUCCUCUUGAAGUCAUCAGGGGGGGCAGUAAAGCAGGUGGUGAGCGAAGGAGAACUGACCCUGCAGCUGCAGCUCCAUCACAGUGCGGGAGUCAUUCUGACAAAGCAGAAGAGAAGAAUGGAGAAGUGAAGAAGGAAAAGUCAGAACAGCAGUUAUCAUCAUCUUCUCAACUGGACCCGCGGGCCGUCACUUUGAUGGACCCGCGUGCCGACCUGCUACCUCAGCUGCUGGACUUUGACGAGGCGCAGCGGCAGAGGGUGUUCGACAGUAAGGUGUUCUGCUGUGGAAUCUGCUUUGUGGAGAAGCUGGGCGCCAGCUGUCUGUGCUUUAAGGAGUGCCAACAUGUUUACUGCAAAGCCUGCAUGAGUGAAUACUUCCAGAUCCAAAUACGGGACGGCAACGUUCAGUGCCUUAAUUGCCCCGAGCCCAAAUGUACCUCUUUAGCCACACCGUUGCAGGUGAAACAGCUGGUGGAUGAGGAGCUGUUUGCCCGAUACGACCGUUUGCUGCUUCAGUCCAGUUUGGACCUCAUGGCCGACGUGGUCUACUGUCCCCGUCAGUCCUGUGGGACCGCUGUAAUGGUGGAGCCAGACACAACCAUGGGCAUUUGCUCAGCUUGCCAGUACGCUUUCUGCACGCUCUGUAAGCUGGGCUAUCACGGUCUUUCCCACUGUAAACUCCCUGCAGAGGAACUGCGUAACCUAAGAGAUGAGUACCUGUCAGCCACGACUGAAGGGAAAAAGUUUAUGGAGCAACGCUUUGGAAAGAGGGUGAUCCAGAAAGCAGUAGAGGAGUCCUUUAGCAGAGACUGGCUCAAUGAGAACUGCAAAUGCUGCCCUCGCUGUGGAACCAAUAUACAGAAAGUGGAUGGCUGUAACAAGAUGACCUGUACAUCUUGUAAACAGUACUUCUGCUGGCUCUGCCUGGGUGUCCUCAGCAAAGUCAACCCAUACAGUCACUUUAACAACCCAAAUUCACCCUGUUUUAACCAACUCUUCCAGGGUGUAGAUCUUGAUGAAGAAGAUGCCUUCUGGAGCGAUGAGGACGACUGACACGGUUCAGUACCCCACCGGUGAAUGCUACAUUUGAAUGCACUUUAUCUCUCACGUAACCAUCACUUCAUUUGUGGCUUUCACAGCGCCUGCUUUUGCCCAGCAGUGCCACUACAAACAUGUACCAUUGUUUCUGUUUUGAAUACGGUCGGGCAUCUUAGGUUAAAAAACAUUCAAUGCCUGCGUGUAAAUUGUGAAAAUGACUUAAAAUAUGACAGCUGUCAUAUAGAGUAUUGCGAUAUUCAGGAAUGGCAUGAAUGGUUUUAGCUUUUUAUCUCAGAGAGAAAUAGGGAGAGAAAACACUGUGACAUUUUGGUAAAAGUUGACUUGCUGUAAAAAAAAAAAAACUCAUUCUUUGUUCAGAGCAUCAGGGCAUCAACAUAAACGGAUGUGUGCUUUGUGAUUGUUCACACAAUUUGCGUUCAGGCUUUUUAAAUAUGCCAAUGUCACUGGGCUGAACUCAGAACUCAAGGCAAGUGAACAUGUGAAAAUCAUUGGUCAGUUUCUAUUUGUUAUGCAGUAGAUUAGGUCUACAGAUCAACUUUCUCUCCACCCAAGUAGUCAUGCACUUCAUGAUGAGUUUUGCACAUCCUGGAGGCUUGUAAUGAUAACAGCUUCAUAGUGGAAGCACUAACUAAGCUCAGCUUGGUAAAUAUGAUGUGCUUUUUGCUUCCGAUUAGUUAGCAGCUCUCCCUAUGGGAAAACAAGGACUGUGCAUUUGCACUUUCUUUUUUUAGCCACCCUGCCCGUUACAGUAAUUAUGUACUCUCUGAGUUGACUUUGUCACAUCUCAGAAGCUCACAUUUUUCUUUGGACAAACUCUGAGUUGGAUAAUGAAGUGAUGAUCAAACCAAGACAUUGCAAAUUAAACUAAGAUGUGAAUCUUGAAAGCAGUGGAGGCAAACCCACAGAUUCACCUAAAAUCCUGAAACUGUUGUUCAGGCUUUGGCUACCAGUAUGGGAAACCCUAACAGCUCCCUGAGACAGUCAUUGUGAGCUGUGUACAGUGAUCUCUGUAUGUUACAUUUUACAGGAUGCAAAUGAAUCAUUAUCUUGUUCAGAUUUUCCUUUUUAUGAGAUGACUUAAUUUACAGAAAUUAGUUUCUGCACAUCAUUUGAUAAAACUCAAGCAGGUUUAGAAGAAUAAUUUGUUUGUGGGAAUUAGGUUUUCUUGUUUGUUUGAGUGUGUUUGUCAUACAGAAUGUAGUUUUGGAGGAUGCUGAAGUAUAUAUUUUCUUGACAGUUGACCCUUUGAUGGUGUUACUGCAGUUCUGAUUAUGAUUUGCAUACCUGUUGGAAACACUAGUCAAUCAGAGACUGUGGUGGCAUUUUGGAAUGAUAUUUGACCACAUUUAUUCACACGCUCCUAGAUACAGCUGCUAUUUUAAUGUUGCCAAAUAUUAGCAUCAAAGUGGGGCCAUAGAAUCUUGCUAAUGUCUUGAGAUACAGAAAUGAUUUUGUAUAAUGUUAAUAUUUAUUUUAAGUUUAAUUGGACGAAGACUAUGUCAUGCAAGCACAUAAUCUGUUUGUUUUCAACACUGAAUGAUUUGCUCCAAAAGUACAGACUACUUUGGCAAAUAAUCCUGGUCUGGAUUGGAAAAAGACAAUCUCUUGUUACAUCUCAAAAUCCACACAAAUUCACUUUUUCCCAUCAAUGCAGGCCCACCGUCACUUCAUGUGUCAUGUUUCACUACAGUUCCUGCAGAAUCCUGUCCAUGCUUUCAGCAUACCGUUCCUUAAAUAAAUAUUAUACUUAA